AUGAAGCUCUUCAGUUGGAUGCAAAAUAAGCUCAAUGGCAAGCAAGAUAACAACAAAUCAAGUUCAGUUCCACCUCCUACUUAUCGCAUGAAACAGGAGCCUCGAGAAGAGUUCAGCGAUUGGCCUCAUGGAUUGCUAGCAAUUGGAACAUUUGGUAACAAUGAGCUAAAGGAAAAUAAAAACAACAACAAUCAAGAGAUUCAAAACAUUGAAGAAGAUGAGCCAUCUUCGUCAAUGGAUUUACAGGAUUUCACACCAGAAGAAAUUGGGAAAUUUGAGAAAGAGUUGACAAAACUCUUGAGGAGAAAACCAUCUUCUGAUAACAAUGAAAAGGAAAAGGAAAAAGAAAAAGAAAAAGAAAUUAAUAUUGCCAACCUUCCAUUGGAUAGAUUUCUUAAUUGUCCUUCGAGCUUGGAGGUGGAUAGGAGAAUCAGCAAUGCACUUUGCUGUGAACCGGAUGAUCAUGAAGAUAUCAAAGAUGAAGAUAUUGAUCGGACGAUCAGUGUCAUUCUCGGUAGAUGUAAAGACAUUCGAGCUGAUAAUAGCAAGAAAGCUCUCGGGAAAAAAUCCAUCUCUUUCCUCCUCAAGAAAAUGUUUGUUUGUAGAAGCGGAUUCGCUCCUCAACCCAGCUUGAGAGAUACCCUUCAAGAAUCAAGAAUGGAGAGGUUCUUGAGGGUAAUGCUACAUAAGAAGAUGAACUCUCAGAAUGCUCGAGCGCCGUCGAUGAAGAAAUACUUGGAGGAUAAGAAAGUAGUAGGUAAAAAGACCAGAAAUGAAGAUGAUGAGACAAAGGAGAGAAAUAAUAAUAGAGAUAAUGGAUGUAAAUGGGUGAAGACAGAUUCAGAAUAUAUUGUUCUAGAGAUAUAA